GCGGUAAGGGGUAGAGAGGAAGCUGAGGCGUGCUUCACAUCUUUCCGGAGAACCCAUCUCCAGUCCGCAGCCUAACCAUCCCUCCCCAUCCACUUCCCCAAAGGGGCACCUGGGGCUUCCAGCUGCAGAGAAACGAGGCAAGCCAGCCCAGCCCAGCCCAGCCGGGCUCCUCCCUUCUUGACCCAACUCACUUUCUGAGAGGAACCGCGACCUUUAUACUCUCCCCCCACCCCACGCAGUCCAAGCUUCCUUCCCAGGGGGGCCUGGAUGUGGAGGCGGAAGCUAUGGUCCCGCGCCCUUCGCCGCCCAGGGCUCCGGCCGCCGCCCGGGGCUCGGGGCUGCCAGGAGUCCUGGGUCCUCCACCGCCGCCGCCUCCCCCGCCUGGGCUCCCGCCGCUGCUGCUCGCGCCACCGCCGCUGCUCCUGCUCCUGCUGCUUCUCCUCCUGCUGAGCACGCCGGCCGCUCCGUGCCCCUAUCAGUGCUACUGUUUUGGGAGCCGGGAGACAAUACGCUGCAGCCACAUCGUCCUACAGGAACUGCCCCGCGACCUGCCCGCCGACGCGCACAACCUCAGCAUAGUGGGCUCCAACCUGACCGUCCUGCGCGCCGCCGCCUUUGCCGGGGAGGAGCUGCCCACGGCUGAGGGCAAUAGCAGCGGCGGCGGAGGCUGGGCAGUACGUCUGGCCAACCUCACAUCCCUACUGCUCAACAAAGACAACAUCCAGGUGGUAGAGGACGGCGCCUUCUGGGGCCUGCCCCGCCUGGCCUCCCUGGACCUCAGCUACAACCCGUUGAGCGCCCUGGGUGCCUCUACCUUCCGUCUACUGCCCGCCCUGAGUGUCCUCAGGCUCAAUGCCGCCGCGCGCGGGCUUGGUGAGCAACUGGACGCCGCCCUCCGCGGCCUGGCCACCCUGCGCCGCCUCGAGCUGCAAGCCAAUGAGCUGACCCACCUGCCGCCCUCCGCCCUGGAUCUGGCGCAACUAGAGGUGCUGGACGCGCAAAGCAACGCACUGACUGGGCUAGCGCCGGAUGAACUGCGCGCGUUGGGCAGGGAGACCCAGGGGACCCCGACGGCUCCGGGCCCUAGAGGGCUGCGUGUGUGCCUAGCAAAAAACCCUCUGCUCUGUGACUGUGGGGUGCGGGCGCUUCUGACCCUACUCUACAAGGCCCCCUGGCAGGUGCCUGACGCGCGCAGUCUGCGCUGCGCCGCGCCCCAGGUGCUCCAAGGCGUUUCUUUACUGGCCUUGAACGAGUCAAAGCUGAGCUGCACCCAAGGUCCCCAAGAAAAGGAGGAAGGGGAUGAGGAAGGGAAAAGAAGGGGGAAAGAGGAGGGGCCGGAGGGGAAUGAGGAGGAGGGAACAGAGGGAAGGGAUGAGAAAGGGCAGACGGGUACUGGGGAGGAGUUGGAAGCGUCCUACGUCUUCUUCGGCAUCGUUCUGGCGCUCAUUGGUGUAGUCUUUCUUAUGGUUCUGUACCUGAACCGGCGAGGCAUCAAGCGCUGGACGCGCAACCUACGCGAGGCGUGCAGGGACCAGAUGGAGGGCUACCACUACCGCUACGAACAGGACGCCGACCCCCGGAGGUCUGGCACCGCCAGCUCAUCUGGCACCCUCUGAGCUCGGCCCUCUCAGUCAGGCGGACUGGUUUGCUAGGAAGAAGAGGGGAACUUAGCCGCUAUCUGCACCCAACCUUUGGCUCUUAGCCCCUACCCAUCCUUUCCCAUCUUCAGCAUUUAGCCCCCAACCCCUCCCCUUGCUUCAACUAAUCCUUAGCUCUUAACCCCCUCCUAUCAAAAUUUAGGCACUUUGCUCCACCUGGUAAACCUGUAAACCCUAGUCUUGGGCCUUCUCUCAAGUUGUAGGCACUUAACAUUCCCCAUUAUUAGCCACCCCCUUACACUAUCCCCCAGGCCUGGGGAAAUUAGGACUCAGCCUCGAGUAUAGCACGCUCUUCCUUCUCUUCCUAUGCUUUCUCCCCUCCUCCUCUUCUUCCUCUUCCUCGUCCUUGUA